AUGAUCCCGGCACCGUUUGCCCCUGUCAAUAACCACAAUUCGAAUUUGACACAGCCUGCGCAUCGGCAUAUAGACCUACUAGGCGACAUGCAUCUGCAGCGUCAGAUACUCGAGCAUUGGAUCAAUCAUCUAAGCGAUGCAUUGAUGCCGGUACCAGGGCCAUACAACCCUCUCAAAAGCAUCUUUGUUCCCAUUGCAUAUGUAGGCGCCGAGCAGCCUGCAUCGUCUUCUUCCGGAUAUGUCGCGUUGUUUUAUCUGAUCUGCGCAUCCUCUGCAUUCCACUUAUCCGCCAAUACCGACGAUAGCAAACAGAGCUCGGAAUUUAUGACUCUUGCUUUGAGUCACCACAACGAGGGCAUUCGCCAUCUUCAAAAUAACCUCGCUAAGGAUGAUGUUUCAGAGCGAGAGUCGGUCCUUGCCUCACUUCUGGUCUGCUUGAUGUAUGAGCCAGUCACAGUGGAGCAAAAUUUCUGGCGUAAUCAUUUACGAGGGGCCUCGCAGUGGCUUCGGAAAAUUGAUGGGUGUUCUUUGAUCCAGACCGAAUCAAUGGCAAUCCUGUAUCAAAUGUUCGCCAGCACGGCUAUCUUCUUGCGUUCGCAAAUGAUAUCGUCUGAGGCAGCCCUGAGUGAAUGCAUUAGCUAUGAUACCGGAUUAUUCUCAGGAACAUAUCAUCUUCAUCGCAUAUUUGGGCUUCCAAAGCGCUUGCUGGAGACAGUCAGCGAUAUCAUUGAAAUAGCAGCACGAUCCCGGCGACAGGCAAGCGACGACCGAAGAAGUCCUACCCAACUGAUUUCAACUCAAGAACUAGAUAAAAGGGAGCUGGAGCUAUAUCUCUGUGCACCAGAAUACCCGGAAGACUUUACCUCAAAGGCAGAGAAUGGUUUGAUCUAUCAUCAUUCUUACAUCUUCUACUUUGCGUUGAUCAUAUAUUUCAAACGAGUUCUGCGAAAACUGCCCCUGCACGAGGUGCAGUUGCUGAUCGACCAGGCGUUCGACCAUAUCGAAGCCCUGAAGGCAUAUACAUCACGUCCAUUCACGCCGUUGACAUGGCCAGUUGCAGUGAUAUUUUUCGAACUGGAAGAUGCAGCUUUGCAGAAAAGAGCGAUGGAAUGGCUUGAAUUCAUAAUCAAACGAUCCACACUUUCCGUGUGGGAGCGUGCCCAGGCACUUUUUCCUGCUUUCUGGGCUCGCCGUCAGGAUCCGGGAUGUGAGGACAUGCAGUGGGAUGUUUUUCUUGAUGACCCGUCAGUUCAUGGUAUCAUGAUGUUUUGA